GCGCGGAGGGGGAGACGGUCCCAAGAUGGCGGCGCUGCAGGCGGAGCGCGGGUACGGGCUGUCCUGCGGCCGCCUCGGCCGCGGCACCCGCGUCUCCGUCUUCCACGUCAAGCUCACGGAGAGCGCCCUGCGCGCCUUCGAGAGCUACCAGGCUUGUAAGGAUGCUGUGACAUCAAAACCAGUCAUCCAGUUCCAAGGAAGCCAAGGGCACAUCGCGAUUCCAAGGCCCGACCGACCGACGGAAGUGAGGACCUUCACGUUUUACCUUUCAAAUAUCGGCAAGGACAGCCCCCAGGGGAGCUUUGACUGCAUCCAGCAGUAUGUAUCCAGCAAUGGCAACAUCCACCUGGAUUGCCUUGGGAGCAUACAGGACAAAAUCACUGUGUGUGCUACUGAUGAUUCCUACCAGAAGGCGAGGCAGAGCAUGGCACAGGCCGAGGAGGAGACGCGCAGCCGGAGCGCCAUCGUCAUCAAACCUGGGGGGAGAUACGUAGGCAAAAAGGUUCAGGUGCGUAAACCUGCACCAGGAGCUUCCGAUGCUGUUCCCUCCAGGAAGCGCCCAACGCCAGUCAACCUUGCCAGUGCAAUAAAGAGAGGCAAUAGUGCCAUUUCUCAGAGACCCUUCAAAGAUAGGGUUGUGCACUUACUGGCACUAAAGCCUUAUAAGAAACCUGAACUUAUUCUCAGAUUGCAGAAGGAUGGACUUUCUCAGCAGGACAAGGAUUUGCUGGAUAACCUUCUGCAACAGGUGGCAAAUUUGAGUGCCAAGGACAGCACUUUCACACUGAAGGAUUGUGUAUACAAAGAAGUGCAGAAGGACUGGCCUGGCUACUCAGAAGGAGAUCAGCAGUUGCUGAAGAGGAUCCUGGUUAGGAAGCUCUGCCAGCCCCAGAACAGCAGCGGUUUUCAAGGAGAAGCCCCUUCCCUGAGCCCUCCCAAGGACACGGUGAACUCCAGCUCUCCCCCUCAGAAACGAUCCCAGCCUCUGGAGUUCAUCGACCCCCUGGCCAACAAAAAGCCCAGGAUCUCGCACCUGGCUCACAGGACCCAGCCCACCUUCAACGGGAAGCUGAGCUCCUCAUCCAACGGGAAGGACAUCCCCCCUGCCCCCCCCGCCCCGCCGCCGGCGCUGCCGGAGUCGGGAAGCUCCAGCUCCAACCUCCCGGCCCUGGAGCUGCCCAGGCCUCACGACCCCCUCUCGGACGUGAGCAACGACCCCGCUCACAACGGCAGAGACUGUGAGAGCAGCGAGCCCACGGACAGGCUGAGCCACCCCCCGCCCACAGACUGUCCCCAGACCAGCAAACACAACUGCGGCUCCUACGUCAAAUCCAAGAAAAAAUCCAAAAAGCACAAAGACAAGGAGAAGGAGAGGAAGGAGAAGAAGGGCGAGGAGAAGUGCAAAGAGGAGAAGCAGAACUGUGAAGUAAUAAAAAACGCUGACUUAGGUAGUGUUCCCCAGGAGCAGGUCACAGGUUUAAAUGGAACAUGCAAUAAUUCUAGUGUACCAACAUCAACUUCAGAAAUGCCAGAUUAUUUAUUAAAAUACGCAGCCAUUUCCUCCUCGGAGCAGCGUCAGAGCUACAAGAACGACUUCAACGCGGAAUACAACGAGUACAGGGACUUGCACGCCCGGAUAGAGCGGAUAACCCGGCGCUUCACGCAGCUGGACGCCAAGCUCAAGCAGCUUUUGCAGGGCUCUGAAGAGUACAAGACCAUCCAUGAUCAAAUUUUACAGGAAUAUCGGAAAAUUAAAAAGACGAACCCCAACUACAGCCAAGAGAAGAACCGCUGCGAAUACCUCCACAACAAACUGGCUCACAUCAAAAAACUCAUAGCAGAGUAUGACCAGCAGCAGUUUUAGCUGCCACUCCCCCCCAAACUCUCCCCCCC